AAGAUGAAACUUGAGAGAGAUGGAGGAGAGAGCCGAGGUGAGGUGAAGUGGUGAACCCUUUUGAUCCCUCCAUUUCUCAUCUUUUUUAUUAGCCUUUCCUCCAUUUCUUCAUCCUUUUUAAAGUUUUAAUCUUUUAUCUUUUAUCACUCCCAAGGGCAGAACGCAGAGGGGCUCUCUCUCUCUCCCUCAGUCCUCCCACCAAUCCAAACACCCACUUCCCCCUUCCACCCUUGGCCGGUUGGCCCUUCUCUUUUAUUUAUAAAUCUAUAUAUGAAAUGAAAACCACUCUAGUCUAAUCUACAGACAGAGAGACUGAGAGACAGACACAACACCAAAGAAAGACAACCUUUCUCCUCCAAUUGCCUGAACUCAGUCCUUCAGCAUCGCAGUUCAGCCAUAUAUGGAAGUGAUGCUGAGAACUCUCCUUGCUUUGCUCUUUUCCGCUCUUAUCUUCUGCUACAUUUCAGUAGUAGAGGUCUCAGCAACCACAAUUGCACUCUACAAUAAAUGCUCGCAUCCAGUAUGGCCAGGCAUUCAACCAAGCGCAGGCAAGCCCAUCCUUGCUCGGGGCGGCUUUAAACUCAACCCCAACCAAGCCUACUCCCUCAAAAUCCCCGCCGGUUGGUCCGGCCGCAUCUGGGGCCGUCAAGAUUGCUACUUCGACGGAUCCGGCAGGGGCCACUGCGCCACCGGCGACUGUGGCGGGGCUCUCUACUGCAAUGGUGUGGGUGGGGCACCUCCAGCCACCCUGGCGGAGAUAACACUGGGCGAGCAAGAUUUCUACGACGUCAGCCUUGUAGACGGCUACAACCUGGCCAUCUCCAUCACCCCAUUUAGAGGAAAAGGGAAAUGCAGCUACGCGGGCUGUGUCAGCGAUCUGAAUCUGAUGUGCCCAGUGGGGUUGCAGGUGAGGUCUCACGAUAACCGACGAGUGGUGGCGUGUAAGAGCGCCUGCUUUGCAUUCCAGUCUCCCAAAUACUGUUGCACCGGGACUUACGGCAACCCACAGUCAUGCAAGCCCACUGCAUACUCAAGGAUCUUCAAGACUGCUUGUCCCAAGGCUUAUUCCUACGCCUACGAUGACCCAACUAGCAUUGCCACUUGCAGCGGUGGGAGCUACCUAGUCACUUUCUGUCCUCACCGUUAGUCAUCCUCCAAUCCAAUUCCAAUACACUACUGAUGUCACGAAGACACUAAUUUUCCUUUUUAGCUUGGUUUUAUUUACUCUAAUAGCUAUAUUAUAUAUGAAACCAUGCGUGCUGAAUUUGAUCAAUAUUUUUACUUUUAGUCUAGACUAGACUCUAGAGUAGAUUCUUAUACUUCCUUAAUUAAUUCAGACAUUAUUAUAGAUGUAUUUGAGUAGAGUAAUAGCCUCUAUUACUCCCUUUUACUAGUGGGUAUUAUAAUUAUCAUCUCCACUUCCACUUGUC